AUGCUUCUGCACUUCUUAAUAUACGAGGCUUCCCACCUACUGCAAUGUACCCUCAUCCUUUUAAUAGUUUUUUUUAUGGUGUCCGGAGUGAGGAAACUAAGAAUGAAUCUCCCGCCCGGACCGUGGGGAAUCCCGUUCUUCGGUUACUUGCCCUUUUUGGGGCCCAACACCUACAUUGCCAUGUACGAACUAUCGAAAAAGUUUGGCGACAUUUAUAGCAUUGCUUUGGGACAGCGCGUCAUGAUCGUUCUAUCAGACCCGAUGGUGAUCAGAGAAGCGUUCAAUCAGUCGGCGUUCACGGGCAGACCCAUGACUCCUCUCUACGGAAUGUUCAAGGGAUUCGGUGUGCUCAACACGCGCGGCAAGAUGUGGAAGGACGAGCGCAGGUUCAUCCACCAGAAACUCAUCAAGCUCGGCAUGAAGAAAUUCGGCUCCGGUCGUGAGCAGAUGGAGCAAAGAAUCCAGACGGAAGUUCGCCAUUUGCUGGACUGCGUCCACAAGACGGGAGGGGAAGCGGUCAGCAUGGAUCAGUUCCUGACGGCCCUCUCCACGAACGUCAUCACAUCUUUCUUAUUAUCAACUCGGUAUGAUGCCUACGAUCCUAUCUUCCUGAAACACAAAGAAAUCAACGGAGAAGGAUUCAAACUCUUUGCUAAGUUGGACAUGGUGAACUAUAUCUGGGCUUUGAAGUUCCUGCCUGGGGUCGUGAAGGACAUGAAGAAGCUGUGCGCCAAUCACGCCGAGUCGAUGGAUUUCUUCCGAAACUUGAUCCAGGAGCGCAGGAAAACUUACAUACCCGGGGACGACAAGGACGUACUGGACUAUUACUUGUCCGUCGAGUACGAGCGAGAGACGCCCAUCCUCAAUUUCGAUGAGCAAGUCGCUCAGGUGCUCUGCGACUUGGUGAGCGCAGGCAGCGAGAGCGUCAAGACGACCGCAAGUUGGGUGCUCGCUUACCUCCUCCACCACGACCACGUCGUCCACAAGAUGCGCUGCGAGAUCGACGAACACGUCGGCAGGGAUCGGCUCCCAAAUAUGGCCGACCAAACCCGACUAAUUUAUUGCCAGGCCGUUAUAAACGAAGUCAUGCGCAUUGCCAACGUUGUCCCUAUUGCUCCGAACCACGCAGCGGAAGCUGAUUUCAAUUUACAUGGAUAUUUUAUCCCAAAAGGAAGUUCUGUCGUGGCUCUUCUCUAUGCCUGUCACAUGAGCCCGAAGUAUUGGGAUGAACCGCAAGAAUUUCGGCCUGAAAGAUUCAUCAACGAGCAAGGGCGGCUAACGUGCCCUCAGGCUUUCAUACCUUUCGGGAAAGGACAACGGAAUUGUUUGGGUGACACUAUAGCUCAGUCGGAAAUAUUCCUUCUUCUCACGGCCCUCAUUCAAAAUUUUACUCUAGAAAACCCUAUUGGUUGUCCUUUGCCUUCAUUGGAGGGCGUCCAAGGCGCAACAUUGUGUCCUCAGGACUUCAAGGUAAGCAUGAAAUCGCGUUCAAGUAAAACUGUCACCAGCGAUCCGCGGCCUCCGCCCGCGACCACAAUUCUCAUGCAUGGUUAAAUGAUCGUCACACGUUCAUAAUGCCAACUACUAAUUACCUGAUUAUGUCAGCUCAUUACCUGUUCAUUGCUUUCAAGAAACAUUUUGAUCGUAGCAUUAAUUCUGUUAUCUUCAUUUUUUAGAAGUUUAAUUGUUGAUUUUGUUGAAACCCUUGAAAGAGAAUCCCUUUUCGUCGCCAUCACGUGCGGCUCGCGUUGUGGCGACCAAAUGAGGCACAUUGUGUUAUUAUCAACUGAAUCAAAUUGUUGAGAUGUGUUAUCGUCGAGGACAAAUACUCUUCAAUUAGAAGCUCAUCUAUUUAUAAAAAAAAUGUUUGUACGGCUAUUGGACUAUGUCAGUUUAAUUCUCUAAUCUAUAAUAUAAGCUGAGACCAAUAUUGUAAAGAUGACCAAACCCAUGCGGGGAAAUGAAAUCAGGCAAGCCCAUAGCCGAAGAAAAGAUUAUGGCUUUCAGUGAUACAAUUAAAUCAACUUGGGCAUCAUAGUCAGCUCACAAUGUUGAUGAUGGUGAUCACAUGCAAGCUCUCGAACACACCGAACAUUACGAAUACACUGAGCGUCCGGAACACCUCACUAUAGGCCGUGAGCUUCGAGACUUUAUGUUGUGUUUUGAAUAGUUUCGUGACGUAUUAAAGUUCUUGAUCGUUUGCUUAUGCAUUUGUGUUGCUAGAAAUUUGUGUCGGAAAACAAGAGGUGCAAAUCAGUGUUGUUGAGAAUCACAUUUUAUCUUGCUUAUGGUAUUACAUUUCGUUUGAUUACAUUUUUGAGUCCGCUUUAAGAUGUACCAUAAUCACGCUACAUCUAGCGCUAGUUCAAGCUAGAUAAUGACUAAUCCCACAAAUUAUAAAUAAGUGCCAAUGUAGCUUCGACGAGUAAAAAUUCCCAAUUGUGUAAGUUACCAACUAUAUUGUAAAUAGUUUAUCUAAGUAUUAUAUUUUUAAUAACAAUGUGAAGACUAUAUCGUCAACGCAAGCUCGGUGAAGUAAAUACUAUCAUGGCUAAAUUUAAAUAUGUUACGGGUACUCUUUGUUAAGUAAUAAUCAUAUUAUCGUAGCAAGUUAUGGAAUUUCAUAACUACGCAAUCGGCUACCUUAUAUUGACCAAGUUAAUUAUAAACAGCGCACGUAAAAGCUUUUAUCCGUCUCAGAAAUUCAAAAUUUUCAUAUCAACUUCAUGGUAUCCAAUAAUUUCCAGCCGUUUUUGCACACCAUUCCUGAAACAAGCAUUCGUUGUUCUAGGCAGUGGCGCAAAAUUACAGUAAAUUAGUGCUGCUUACAAACUGAACUAUAUUUGGAAAGAACUUUAGUUUUUUGAUCAAUUGUGUUGUUAUAUUUUGAAGUAACUACGAUACUGCUUGAUUACCUUGGGCCGUACAAUCAAAACUCGCUUAAGAUAUCGCAAAACUCGCGGCCAAAAUCUCGUAUGUCAUUGGUGGGUUCAACAGGAAAAGCGGUCGUUGAUUGGUGGAUGAAAAGUUUAUUUCUUAGCUAUUUUUGAUGGUACGGCACCAUGGUCAACCGUGAAUUUUAUUUCUCUCAAAUGUAGCCAGCCGAUGCGCGCUUUAACGUAAUGUACGCGCUUUAAUGUAAUGUAUUAUGUAGAGAAGCUCAUGUGAUAUGUAUGCUACGUACGUUUAAGAUUUUAUCUUACGCUCAUCUCUGAAUGGCAUUAUGUUCAGACAACUUUUGUAUACGCGAGAAGUCAAGUCCAAGUUAAAUAAAUAGCAUUUCAA